GUUAAAUUAAGAAGAAGAAAAAAAUCGUGGCACUUGAUUAUUGUUUCAAUUUUUUUCUUAUUAGGAGAAACAGCUACAAAAAUGUUACAGAUGGGAGAUGCUAGUACAAUAUCCUUUUGACGCCAAAUUCUUGUGCUCCAGAUCCGAGCUUUCGUCAAGCGCAUACGUCUACUUAUAUCUCGUUCAUCGGUAUUCAACUGUCACAUAUGGACAUUUGUUCUGUGUGUUUUUGUUUUCUUCCCGCGUUGGUUCGUGUCCCAGCGGCGUGCCGAAGCGACGACCCGUUUAUUUAGUUAUUUGUUUUUCUCGCUUCGGGGCGGCUUCAAUUGCGUUGCUACAGCAUUUCACAAUCCGAAUACGCAUACUACAGCCCACGAAAGUUGCUAGAAAAUGAGGUACAAAGCCCGCUACGUCCACAUCUCCAACGGAACGGUGCUGAUCGGGGAGCUUCCAGGGGACUUCCUGCGCCUGGAGGUGACCCGGGCCCAGCGCCAGAUCAGCGCCGACGAGCAGGCAGCCUUGGCGCUUCAGCACCAGCUGUCGGGCGCAGCGUUCAGGACCGCGCAGGCUGUGGGGAGGCUCACCAUUUCUGUCAUCGAGGCCAAACUGGUGAAGAAUUACGGAGUGACGAGAAUGGAUCCGUACGUGCGGAUCAGGAUAGGCCACAAUGUGUAUGAGACGCACACUGACUACAAUGGCGCCAAGAACCCCCACUGGAACAAGAUCUUCCACUGCUUCCUGUCGCCGGGGGUCACCGCCUUUCAUGUCGAGAUCUACGACGAGUGUGCAUUCACAGUGAACGAGAAGAUUGCCUGGGCCCACGUCGUGGUGCCGGAGGCCACCUUCUCCGGCGAGACGUGCGACAUCUGGCACCCGCUGUCCGGGAGGCAGGGGGAGCUCAAGGAGGGCGCCAUCAACCUUGUCAUGUCCUACCAGCCGCUGCCCCCUGGCGCUCUCGCGGCUCCGUCCCCGGUGGUGGUGGUCAACACCCCUUACAUGAUGCCCGGCAUGGUGCAGUACCCGGCAUCCACUGGCUUUGGAUAUCCGGGGUACGGCCUACCCGCGAUACAACCGGGCAUGGUGCAGGCGCAACCGGCGGCAAACCCGGCCCUGCCUCCCGUCGCCCACCAGCCAGCCCCUGUCAACAUCACCGACGAUGAUGUCAAGCAGGUCCAAGAGAUGUUUCCGGGAAUGGACGCCGAGGUCAUCCGAGGGGUGCUGGAGACGCACCGCGGGAACAAGGAUGCCAGCGUCAACGCCCUACUGUCGAUGAACGCCACCGCCUAAAGUCCCCGCUGCAGGACCGGGCUCAUCGCCCGCACGCACAUCACGACGCGGACACCUUCGUCCGUCGAGCCCGGAGCACGCCUCCUGCCAACGCGUUUGCCGGGUCCACGAAAGCGGUCCUCCGAUUCCCACGCGAGGACGCCUAAAAGCGUCGUGCCGUCGCCUGUCGCGAUGCCAGUGGUGUUGCGGCGGUGGCGGCGGAGGCAGAUGCAGCAGACGCCUUUUGUGCCGUGGGUAGCUCUGUGGCCAGACGGUCGACGGAAACUGAAGCGGCCGCGAGACGGGACGUUGCGACGGCGGCGAGCCUUGCGGCUGGUGGCCUAUUUUUUUUGCCAGCGUUUCUACGACCAACUGCCGGGAUCGCGACGUCCGACGGCACGACGCGACGCGUUUCGUCACCGCUUCAGGACCGCUUUCAACGCGCGGGCGAGAUGCGGCGGUAAACGCGUCGGCCGGAGAGGCGUUCCAGGUGCCGUAGUAUGGCCCUUCGACGUCUUCCUUGCAACUGCGCGCGUUUCAAAACACAAAAUUUUCUUUUUAUAUUUUCUUAGUUCCGUUUUUUUGAGCCGGGCUUUGAGACGGGCGUGAAAAGGAGAUUGUUACAACGGUUGCCCCGUUACGCCCCUAAACUCUCGGAAUUGCUUGGGGGCGAUUAGUGCGGGUGCGGAGGUCGAUCGGCAUGCUUUGCGAGUUUUCACCGCCUUUACGAGGGCCGAUUUGAAAGCAGGGACCAUUCCUUUCGAGUUAUGCGGACGAAGCGGUGCACACAGUUUCAUCUGCAUGAUGGCAAAAAGGACGAAACGGUGCGCACUAUUUUUUUUUUGCGUACUUAAGUCGACGCUUUGGUCUCUUUGGACAGAUUUGUUUACGUUGUAGCGUUUUUCUAAAUAUACUUUUCGUUGUGCCAAUCGGUGAUUUCUGUUUUGAAGAAGCGAGAGGGUGCGAACGUGCUGUAAGUCACUUGCGGACGCAGUGGAGUCAUCAGUUGUACAGAGAGCGAGGGUGCGGAGUUAGAUACCUAGUGCCAUGCUGAUGAUUUUCUGUGGGAAUGGCCAGUGAAGAAGGCGGCGCAUCCGCAGCGGAUGUGUGUGAGAGUUUUAGGAACGUCGGAAGUAUGCAGUUUUACUAUAUUUGGACGUGUAACUCUUCAUUGUUAAUAUUUCCCGUGUGAGUGCUGGCUACUGGCAUUGUGAUAAUAAAACGGGACGUUCCCACUCCUGCGUCUUCA